AUGACGCAUUCUAAGAACUUUUCCACUGAGGCCUGCGUGAUUCCAACAUGGGAAGUCACCUCGAAGUGGCUUUCCACCACGGCCGCUUCGCAACCAUGGUGGGAGCUCGUCGGGGCCCAGCUUGCCAUGCUGGCGCACAAUGCCCAGUAUAGCCCCGAAAAGCAACUAGAAGUCAUCCUCUUCUUCUACACUCAAGUCGUUCCUUCCUUGGGUAAACUCCAGACUCCAGCCGAUCCUGGUUGGGAGACACGCUGGCGCAGCCUACUCACCAACGACGGGUCUCCCGUCGAGCACAGCUGGAAAUGGAACGCAGACGGUUCCCACGGCCCCGAAGUCAGGUAUUGCAUCGAGGCCAUCGGUCCCCAAACCGGAACCUCGAGCGACCCUUACAACUACCUGGCCACCAAGGCCCUAGUUGAGCAGCUGGUUCCUCUACUCCCUGCGAUGGACCUGACAUGGUUCUACAAACUUGCCGAUACCUUGCAAAUCAGCAGAUGCCAACCUGCCACUGAAAACCCAGAGGCGCCGCCUUCGAGCACCUUCAUUGCCUUUGAGCAUGUGGCAGAGGGAAUCGUGCCCAAGGUGUACUUCCUUCCGGCCUGCGACCCGGAGUCCCAGGGACCGCCCACGUUUACCACAUUUGGAAAUGCCAUUCGCGCCGCCGUCGGUGAAAAGAUUGAGGCUGCGGAUGCUGUAUUCGAAUACGUGUCCAGUGACCCCAUCGGUCGUACAAUGAGCCCGGACAUGCUGGCCAUUGACUGCGUCGACCCAGCAAAGUCGCGCCUCAAGCUGUACGCUAGCAGCUCGGAGGCAUCUCUGGAAUCCAUCGUCUCUAUCAUGUCUCUGGGCCAGAGGAUUCAAAACAUUGGCAAGGGCGUCGAGGAACUCAAGCUGCUGCUGCCUUUGCUACUGGGUGAAAGCGCAUCGGACCCUGCUGGAAUUGACUUUAGCAUCAAACAGGCUUUUGACGAGUCACUCGCUCAUCCGUUUGAUCUAUACGGCAGAUUUACUUAUUACUUCGACAUCGCGCCCGGGUCCGCUCUCCCCACUGUAAAACUAUACGUCCCUGCGCUCCGAUACGGUUCGUCGGAUGAGAGCGUCGCUACUGGGCUGUGCAAAUACCUGGAGCUCAAAAAUCGUGGGCAGCACGUUGAAGGCUUCCGAAAGACUCUAAACCAGUUUAGCGAGCUGAACAGAGAAGAAGGCCAUCGUUUUCAGACGUAUAUUGCAGUGGCAUUCCAAAAAGAUGGGUCUUUGGCGUUGACUUCAUACCUAAAUCCUGGUAUCUAUCGGUCUCUUUAG